AUGCCGUCGGCGAUGGCUGACAACACUCAAGAGGCCUACACCUUAGGUAAACAUACCGACCGGCGUGCCCUGCCCGUCUACUCCACUUUCUCCUUCAGCAAGGACCUGGACAGGUGUGUGUUUCCCCUGUUUCCUGGCACCCCCCUCUCCCCCACCAGCCUGCUGGCCCUGAAGCAGGGUCAGAUCGGCUCCGCUGUCAGUCUGCUCGACUUUUACUGCCGCAAAAACUACUGGUCGCAGCCGGAGUACCACCUGUACUCCACACCUGGGCAGGACGGAAAGCUGCUGCUCCUGUACAAGGUGGUGAUGCCGUCAACACGAAGCACAUACAUCCCGGACAAGCUGUGUGUGCUGCUGGAUGAUGCCAAAGAGCUUGCUGCACAGACCGCGCUGUGGAACCUGGACUCGUCCAUCCUGAGCGGAGCUUCCUGCGAUUCUCCCAGCAGCCCCUCUCCUCCGCUCGCCGUCCCCCCUCCGCCACCAGCCCCGGGGUGCUGACCUGCGGCAGCAGAG